AUGUCAACUACUCUGAAUAUCCGAAUCAAAAAGAAUGGUAGUAUUGAUGGACGCACACAAACAGCCCUUGCGCUAAAGGAAGCUAAUGUCCCAAUCGAAAAAUUCGAUAAAUUGAAGUAUGAUUUUUUAGAUAACGGAAUACUAAAUAACAAAUGCGAACUGUACAAAGAACUCGUAAAAGCUCUAGGAAAGAAGGAGUUUUUCAAUAUUGCAGAUAAGUCAAAAUUGAUUAAAUCAGAUGAAAUUAUUAAGAAAGCAGAGCCAUCAACUAACGAAGAGAAACCAUUACGCAUGUCAUUAAUAAAAAGCGAAGAAGUCGAAAAUUCAAAUAAAUCAAAAAGCGAGAAAAUCGAUUCUAAUGAUAUGGCAGACAAAUCAGAAAAAACAGAAGAAAUACGAUUACUCAUUACAAGAGAGGGUAAAAUUGAUGCAAAAACGCGCUUGGCACACCUUUUGAAAGAAAAUGGACACGAUCUAGAAUCAUUUUCAGGUCUUGAAUAUAAAGCAAGUAAGAAAGGAACACUUCUACAUUCCUGCAAAUUAUACAUUAAACUUCACAAAGUAUUUCCAAAUUAUGAGUUCAUCAUGAAUUAA